UUUGGCUGGGACGGAAUUAGAUGUUUUGGGGCUUAAUAAAAGCCACGGUCCCAUACUUUUUCACCGUUGCAUUGCUGACAUUGAUCGGAUGAUAAGUUGACACUGAUUCACUUGCUAUUAGCAACGUUUCAAGAAUCGUCUAUAAUUCCCAGGAUUCACUUGAUCAUUCAUCCCAUCUUGUCACGCCACAACUCAGCAACUCCAUCUCGAAUUCAUCAGCAUGUCCACCAAAAAGUCGAUGCGGUCUAUCAUGGCCAGGAUCACAGGUCAACACCGACCUCGUCUCACAAUACGACCGGACUACGAUUACGUCUUUGUCAGUGGAAACGGCGAAGAUGCAAAAGGCCAAUAUCUUCGCGGAAAGCUAUCUCUCUUCGUCCCAGAAGGACAAAACAUUACCAGCGUUCAGCUAAAACUGACUAGUCGAAUGUGGCUUGGAGAUCACAAGGUUGAUGCCGAAGAGGCUGUAAAGUGGCAAAGGCGUGAAAGCACUGUUCAUCAAUGGGCGCCAUUCAAUGUCGUCGAUAAAAUUGGGGAGCCUUUUAAGAGUGGGAAGAAUUUUGAGUGGCCUUUUGAGUUGUUCAUUCGAGGUGAUCAGGAGGAAUCUUUCAAGGGUUGUACGCGAUGCAGUAUCACAUACCUCCUGGAAGCCUGGACGGUUGAUGAAAGUUCAUCGGACAGCUUCAAGACGUUUUCGCCGCUUCGAAUUAUUCGCACACCAGGUUUCUCAUCAUACGAACUCAUGGAUCCGACGACGGUGCAGGGGAAGUGGUCAGAGAAGGCGGAGUACAACGUUUCCAUCCGACAUCGCGCGAUUGCCCUGGGAGGACUGAUUCCUAUCGAGGCUCACCUUGCGCCGCUCAAUCCGACAGCUAAGAUCACAAAAGCCAGAUUUUUCUUGCGGGAAAAGCACGAUGUGGAGAACAAAUCUGAUGCAGAAAAUCCGGGCUAUGAAGGUCAACGGAUAGUGACGGAGUGGCCGUUGGAGUUGAGCGACGAACCUCAGCAACGGUGGCAGCAAUGCUUACACCUCCCGAUCGCUGUGAGGAAUUGCUCACCUGACUUUUCAGUCUGCGGAGUUUCUAUCACGCAUACGCUACAUUUUGAGGUUACGUUGACCAACAAUGGCGUCACGACAGAGGAGGAGAUCUCGAUGCCUAUACAUCUCUUCAUCUCACCAGAGUUACCGGUUAACGGAUGGGGUGUCUUUGUGAGGGAUCAUGUUAUUGCAGCAAAGGAGGUCAAGAGCCUUUUGGCAGAGGGUAUCAGUGUUCCGCCGAAAUACUGCAAGGGGGACUUUGUGGUGGAGGAUUAUGAGGUUCCACCUCCGGCAUAUAGUGAAGCAUGAUGGGGAUAGUCAUCAGAUGCGAG